AUGUGGGUCUGCAUGUAUGCAUAUGAACAUGGAUAUCGAAGUCUGCAGUAUCAGACACUCCAAGAAAAACCAGUCGAUCCAAUCGCGUCGCCAGGUUUGGAAUAUGAGGGGGGUGUGAGAGAUUAUUGUGGCCACUUUCGCUAUGAUAACAGGGAGCCUGAUGGAGAAAGAAAGAGAGAUGAUACUCUCAAUAAUAGUCAUCCCACCGACCUCAAACACGGAGAUGCUAUACCGGUUGCAAAUGUGGGAUUUGGCAGAGUACUCUCACUGUCAAAGCCUGAUGCCGGGAAGUUGAUCGUUGCUACAAUGGCUCUCUUGGUUGCAUCCACCUCAAGCUUACUACUUCCAAAAUUUGGUGGUAAAAUUAUAGAUAUUGUGUCAAGAGAGAUGAGAUCACCUGAACAGAAAGCAGAAGCGCUGGAGGCUGUCAACAGAACCAUACUGGAGGUAUUUUUAAUUGUUGUGGCUGGUUCUGUUUGCACAGCACUUGAAGCAUGGUUGUUCUUCUCUGCUAGUGAACGGGUCGUUGCUAGACUGAGAAAGAACUUGUUCAGUCACAUUAUUCAUCAGGAAAUAGCAUUCUUUGAUGUCACUCGAACAGGGGAGCUGUUAAGCAGACUUUCCGAGGAUACUCAGAUUAUAAAAAAUGCUGCAACCACCAAUCUGUCCCAGGCCUUGAGUAAUCUAUCAACUGCAACUAUUGGCCUCGGCUUCAUGUUCGCAACAUCUUGGAAGUUGACAUUGUUGGCUUUGGCCAUUGUGCCUGUUAUUUCUGUUGCUAUACGGAAGUUUGGCCAUUUUCUUCGCGAACUUUCCCAUAAAACACAAGCCGCGGCUGCAGUAGCUUCCUCAAUUGCUGAGGAGUCUUUCGGUGCAAUACGCACAGUGAGAUCCUUUGGACAAGAAGGAUUCGAGGUGUCACGCUACAGAGAGAAAGUUGACGAGACACUGAACCUUGGACUCAAACAAGCUAGGGUUGUUGGAAUCUUCUUCGGAAGCCUGAUGGCGGCCUUGACACUCUCGGUAGUUGGUGGAGUCAUGUACGGAGCCAAUUUGACCAUUAGGGGUCAAAUGUCACCCGGUGCCCUCAUCUCUUUCAUUCUUUAUAGCUUCACCGUGGGAUCCUCUGCCUCUGGAUUAUCGAUGUUGUAUACUGAAGCAAUGGGAGCUGCAGGAGCCAGCAGACGGCUGUUUCAGCUACUGGACCGUGUUUCAUCCAUGCCUAAGUCGGGGGAUAAGUGUCCUUUGGGUGACCAAGAUGGAGAGGUGGAGUUAGACGAUGUGUGGUUUGCGUACCCUUCCCGUUCCAGCCACAUGGUGCUCAAGGGAAUAACAUUAAAACUGCAGCCGGGUUCAAAAGUUGCUCUAGUUGGUCCUAGUGGUGGUGGAAAACAGACCACAAUAGCAAGCUUGAUUGAGAGGUUUUAUGACCCUACCAAGGGAAAGAUUCUGAUAAAAGGGGUUCCUUUGGUCGAAGUAUCCCACGAGCAUCUCCACCAAAAGAUGAGUAUAGUCAGCCAAGAGCCUGUCCUCUUCAACUGCUCUAUAGAGGAAAACAUAGCCUAUGGCUUUGAUGGCAAAAUCAGCAGCGAAGACGUGGAAAAUGCGGCUAAAAUGGCCAACGCCCACGGGUUCAUAGCGGAGUUUCCGGACAAAUAUAAAACCUAUGUUGGAGAACGCGGGGUGAGGCUCUCUGGCGGUCAGAAACAGAGAGUAGCCAUUGCGAGGGCUUUACUAAUGAACCCGAAGAUCCUGCUGCUAGAUGAAGCCACGAGUGCUCUUGAUGCCGAAAGCGAAUACCUGGUUCAGGACGCGAUGGAUACUCUAAUGAAGUCAAGGACUGUGCUGGUGAUAGCCCAUCGGCUGUCGACAGUGAAGAGUGCCGAUACAGUGGCGGUUGUUUCCGAUGGCCAGAUAGUUGAGAGAGGCACUCACGAAGAUCUCCUCACGAAAGACGGGGUUUACGCCGCACUGGUCCGGAGGCAGCUACAAGGCGCCGAGAGCGAGAUUAGGACCGCCGAGGCAGUUGAUACUGGAACCGGAAUUGCAGACAAAUAGUAGUUUACACACUGCGUUGACGUUGGUGAUUUAUAUGGUACAUUGCAUGCGGCACGACCUACUGAGAGUUU